AUGGACUCAGAACUCAAAGGCGGAGGUCAAGAUUGGGUGAUUGGGAUGGCUUGGAAUUUGGGGAUGAUACAGGACAAGAUGCAGGGACGGCAACAAAAACGAGCAAGAGAAGCCAAGAAAGAUAAUUUUGCCAAAAAAGCUGCCAAAACCAACAAACAAAUGGAGACUCAGAAGGAACUAGGACCUGAAGGAAAGAGGAAUAAAAGGAUGGUUUCUGAUUCUGUCAAUGAUGGUGAUUCACAGUUGGUUGAAUUGAACUUCAAAAAGGUAGAAUCUGAAAAUAGCAACUACAAUGAGAAUGAGGAUGGAGCCAACUAUCUUGAAAGUCAUGAUACAGCUAGAGACAAUGAUGAUUAUAAUUAUUAUGGAUACGAUGAUUGUUAUGCCAAUGAUGAGGAUGACGAAUACUAACAGCUCUAAUACUUGAGUCAUGUUAUGAAGAUAAUGCUUUUGACUGAUUGAUUUUCAAUAUAUUUUUCCUUUUUGACAUAUUGAUGAAUGUAGUUAACCGGAACUAAGCUACAAGUUGGAAAUUUGAGCGGGAUUCUGAAAUACUUUGUACUUUUUCCGGCUGUCUAUGCUUAUUAUUCUUAUUUUUUGUAUUAUUG